CUUAUCACAACUUUGGAAUUCCGCACGUAAGUAUAGUACCUACAUACCCAUUGAGCUUAUUUGCUAACGUAAUUGCUAAAGCAAUAUCUUGACAUUGAGGCUUAGAACCAGUUUGGAUCUACAGAACAGCUGAUUACAUAAAAUAAAACAGCACAGUUUACGCAAGUGCACCGCCGAGUGCGGCUGCGGGCGCAGUCACCGACUCCUUGUCUCGCCGUCGACCGUUCGUAAUACUUCGCAUUCGCGUUCGCACCUUUGUUUUCAAACAUAAACCUUUAUUCGCGAUAUCUAGCCAAAACAAAACAAUAAAACUUAUCAGAUUAUUCACCAACCUCUUACCUUACUCGUACUCCAUCAUUCCAUCGCUCACAAUGCGGUCGACUGUGAACAGAAAAGUUUCUUGAUUAUAAUAAGAUAGAUAGGUUAUUUAUUUACUUUAGAUGGUUGAUCAUUGGUUAGCGAUAAUGAUACUUUAUCGAUAACAAAUCUGAUUAACUCUCAACAAGAUCUCACUCGGUGUGUGUUACGAAAUUUUUAUCAAACAGCCUAUCUUGGGUCUGUUCGGAAUUUAUUGAGUUUGAGGAAAUAUGCUUAUAAAGUUAUGACUGCAAGUGUUCGUCAGUGAGAGAAAAUGGUGAAAUGUUUUAGGAAGAGCAUUUCGCUCUCCGAUUUGUGGGUAACGUCUCAUGAACGGUGGUCGGAUUUUUACCUCACGUCAUGGCAGCGUGGAGACUCGCCAGUGCCGAUGCUGGUGAUACGGCUGGUCCUGGCGGUGAUCGCAGUGGGCAUCUUCAUUUGGUCAUUAGUGAAUGCACCUACUCCCUAUUGGCUCAUCUAUCUGACGAACUGGGGUCUGUUGCUGAUCACUCUGUUGACACUGAGUGGCGCAAUAGUAUCCCUAUUCGCUGUUUGCAAACGGAUACCUGAUGGAGAUACUUUGCCGUGGUACGUGAGCACGUACUGGCUUUUCUACAACAUCGCGACCACCGUCGCCAUCAUAAUUACCGGCCUCUACUGGAUCUUGCUCUACAACCCUGAACAAAGAGAGCAACAAGAGGCGUCGCAAUUCUGGCUAGACCUGUCGACGCACGGGUUCAACUCGUGCGUUGCGUUCGUGGAGAUUGUCAUGUCGCGGACUCCACUGCGGUUGCUGCACAUUUACCAGCCCCUGGGCUUCGGGCUGUGGUAUGCAGCCUUCUCCGGAAUUUAUUACGCAGCCGGCGGCACCGAUGCCAUGGGAAACACUUUCAUCUACGAAAUACUGGACUGGGGGCAAGGAGGGCGCGUCAGCAUCGUGAUCGCAGCGACAGCCGCCGGUCUGAUCCUCCUGUACGUGAUACUGUGGAGCGUCACGCUCUGCAGGGACAAGAUAUCGACUUCCCUCAUUCGCACCACGAGCUUGGAACUGCCCUUCACACCUCCAGACCGACACUCGCCAAGUGGGAUGGUGUGAGCUGGGACCUCACGUUAAUACUAAAGCAAGACAACGCGCGAUGCAGCUAGCAAGCUGGAAGCUCCUACGCAGCUCGGCAGUGUAUGGUAAACAGAACAUCUUCGUAGAUCUUUACCCAUUUGUUCGUACUUCGUAGUUCCUUGUAUUGUAUAACACAACUACAAUAUAAGGAUCCGCGGUGUAGACGUGUCCAUUGUCGCGCGCUGCGUUAAAUAUUUAGGGUUUCGUACUUGAAGAGUGUCAACGGGGCUGUAUCUCGUGAACCUUAAUAGGUAGAGAGUUGAAAUUUUCACAGAAUGUGUAUUUCUAUUUUCUUUAAU